AUGGUUAUAAAUACGGUCAAAUAUGUCAGUUUCACAAAGAGAUUGACAAAAUUCUGUAAUAAUUUUAGAAGAGAGUUUUCUACCAACAAAGUAUAUAUAGAUAAAGAUACUAAAAUUAUUUGCCAAGGAUUAACAGGAAAACAGGCAACCUUCCACACAACCGAAUGUCUGAAAUAUUAUGGGACCAAAUUUGUAGGAGGAGUUAACCCUAAAAAAGGUGGAACCUCAUGGAAAUCACUCGACGAUAAGCACAGCCUACCAAUAUUCACUUCAGUUUCUGAGGCAAAAAAAGAGACAGGAGCUGAUGCGUCUGUGAUUUAUGUGCCUCCGCCUGGAGCAGCAGACGCAAUAGUUGAAGCAAUAGAAGCCGAAUUGCCACUAGUAAUUUGCAUAACCGAAGGGAUACCACAACAUGAUAUGGUAAAGGUGAAAACACUACUAAAGGACCCCUACUGUAAAACCACCUUAAUAGGACCAAAUUGUCCAGGCAUUAUAAAGCCGGAGGAAUGUAAAAUAGGAAUCAUGCCAGGACAUAUUCACAAAAAGGGUGUAGUAGGAAUAAUUAGCAGAAGCGGAACCCUAACAUACGAAGCAGUAACACAAACUACUGAAAUAGGACUUGGCCAGUCAGUCUGCAUUGGUAUAGGAGGUGACCCAUUUGGAGGAAUUUCAUUUACUGACGCUUUCAAAAAAUUUGUAAAAAACCCAGAAACAAAAGGUGUUUUAAUCAUUGGCGAGAUUGGAGGAACUGCAGAAGAAGAUGUAGCAGACUGGAUUAAAGCUAAUCCAACAGAUAAACCAGUAGUAGCAAUUAUUGCAGGAAUAUCAGCUCCACCAGGGAAAAGAAUGGGCCACGCUGGAGCAAUAAUCAGCGGGAACAAAGGCACUGCACAUGGUAAAAUUCAAGCCCUCAGAGACUCAGGAGUUAUAGUCCCAAACAGCCCAGCUGAAAUGGGUUUGGCAAUGUUCAACGCACUUAAGAAGAAGUAA